AUGGAGCGUAGUCGUGGGAUACCAGACAAGGAACUCUUCCUCAAGCAAGACGCGCCCGAUAAUGACCCCGAUAGCCCAACCAUCGAGCCGUUGCGCAUCUUCAAACCUCAGUCUCCUACGCCUGUAGAGAAACACUCUACAUAUCACUACCCUGCCCCGCCAUCAUCCACCUCUCCUCCCUCUCGCCCUUCCUUUCCUUUACCUCCUGGCGCCUCGAGCUCUGCUGCACCGCUCCCGUUCCCGGUCGACGACGACGUACGACGACCUUCACCCCUGCAAGCCUACGGUUCUUCUUAUAACGACACGAGUCCUCGCAUAGAGAGCCCUACUGAUAAGAAGCCGGGUCUGGCGGAGCGAAGAGGAACUGCGCCAAAGCCGAUAAGUUCGCCUAUUAGCUCACCAACGAGCCCAGGCGCCGACCAGGAUCUAUUCGCACGGCCACUUCAGCAGCAGCCACGACCAGCCGCAUCAUCUGUUGACUAUCCAACGUACCAGAACCAAACAUACUACCCUCCCCCUGGGGCCGCAUCACAUCCUCCACAGCAACAACACCAACAACAGACGAAUGGUCAGCAAAGACUAUCUGAAGGUGGCGUCAACCGAUUUGCCUCCACCUCAUCGAUAUCUACGACGAGAGCAAGUCGCGGUUCUCCCCCACCUCCAGAAACACCAAUCGUUGAGCCCGGCCAUACCCCUGCUGAUGGUAUCGAAGCUCGGUAUGCGGCAUCUGGUAUAUCUGGAACUGCCACUCUUACCAGCUUACAAGCAUCCCAAGUGCAAAGUGCUGCUGCGUCCCAGAGACUUGCCCAGUACGGAGGUCAGCCGGCCCAACAACAGCAGCAACAGCCUCAGAGGCCAUGGACUCCCACGGAGACUCCAGAUCAAGCUCCAUCAGGACCACCAACAGUCUACCAAGGCUCCAAUGCCAUUGCAAGUCCUCAACCACAACAGGCCCAAUUGGCGCCACAGCAGCCUACUCCACAGCAGCUGGCCCAGCUCCAGCAACAGCAAUCUCAAAACCCCGACAAUCCAGCUCUCCAGGUCAGUGUGCUUGAACAAGACUUUCAGCGCCUGAGUACAAAGACUCCUCCGCCAGCCUACUCGAGUGUCAAUCCUGGUGGCAAAUCAUCCUACCCAAAUGAAAAGCCCGCUGCGCAACAGCAACAGCAACAAGCUCAGCAAGGCCAAUCGUCACAGCAGCAACAGCAGCUACAGGCACAACCACAGUCACAGCCUCAGCAGCAGCAGCAGCAGCAGCAGGCCCAACAAUCCCAACCACAGCAGCAACCACAGCAGCAGCAAGUUCAGGCUGCCGCUGUUGCAACCCAGCCAGUGAGCAACUCAACCCCUGAAAAACAUCCUGUUGCUGUGAUGGCAACCGCAGCAUCUGCUGCCCAGCAUCCUGGGCACCCAGCUUUCGCCAAUGACCCUCGGCCGGAGGAACCUAUUCAAAGUCCCCAACCUGCCGCUGCUGGUCCGUCUAUGUUGUCGACAAUGCCAGCAUCACCGCCACCUCUCCCUGAAGGCUGGAUGGCCCAUCUCGACCAGAACUCUGGUCAGUACUAUUACAUUCAUAUUGCCACCCAGUCAACGCAAUGGGAGUUCCCCAAAGGGCCAAAUCCGAUUUCUCAUGAGCAGGCGCCACUGUCUCCCGGUGCGUCAACGUAUGGGAACCCACUCGUCUCACCCAUGUUUGGUGGGAAGCAAGCCUUGGCUUCUCCCAUGUUCUCACCGCACACUCCCGGUUAUGCAGAGAGUAUCAUGAGCGUCGCACAGUCUCAGGCACCAUCAACUAUUGGGUUUACUGGGCCGCCCCCGAGUGCGGGUGUUGAUAUGUUCCGGAUUCAGCCAACAAACGGAGUGUACUUUGGCCCGUAUUUGAGAUAUGGAAAUAUGGAUCUAGAGAAAGGCCUAUGGCAAGGGAGUAUUCUCCUUGUCAGUGAUUCGCCUCAACCUCCUACCAUUCACCUUCACCUCAGCCACGACCUCUCGCCCAAUCCUCAACUACUGCAACCACACAUCAUUUUCACUCAUCAGCGGUGGUCCUUCCACAAGUAUGAUAUAGAAUUACAGAUGAGCGAGGCCGGGACAGAACGAUGGACCUACGCCGUCACCUCACAUCUGGGCUGCACUCGGUAUGAAUUCGUUGUGGCGGGCAGGCAUGAAACUAAUUGGCGGUUCAUCGCACACUCCGGCAAUGAUUUUGCCAGUACCACCUCACAGAACGACAGAGCUAAGCUCGGUGGCGUUGGUUUUAUGUGGAAAGACGUCCUGCAAAAGAACGUAGACUGCAACGGCUUCCACGUUCAGCUAGGUCUUGGUGACCAAAUCUACGGCGACAGACUUUGGAAAGAGGUGCCUAUUUUAAGACAGUGGCUGGCCCUGAGCGGCAGAGAUAAUAGAAAGAAUGUGCAAUGGACCGCAAGACAUGAGGAGGAUGUGGCUCAUGCCUACUUUCACUACUAUACCAGUCAUUUUGACCAACCCUUCAUGAGGGAAGCUUUUGCUCAAAUCCCCCAUGUUCUGCAGAUCAACGAUCAUGAUAUAUUCGACGGUUUCGGUUCCUACCCUGAUUAUAUGCAAUCAUCACCAAUAUUCAAGAACAUUGGACGGAUUGCAUCCGAGAUGUACCUACUCUUCCAGCAUCACACCACUGCAGAGCUGAUGCGCAAUGUCAGCACGGACAGUGAUGUUUUUACCAUCACUGGAACCGGUUGGCAUUUCGUCAAACAUCUCGGCCCAGCCCUCGUUGCAGUCGGGCCAGAUUGUAGGUCGGAGAGAAGCCAAGCUCGAGUUUUAGCGGGCCCAACGUAUCAGGGCAUCUUCCCCAAAAUCGCAACUCUGCCACCUUCAGUGCAGCACUGUAUCUGGAUGGUGUCGGUCCCGCUCGUGUACCCCAGGCUGGAUACAGUCGAAAGUUUGGCAAAUACCGUAGCUGCGGGUAAAAAGGCUGUCAACACUACGUAUAACAUCCUCGGCAAAGUGACCAGCUCUGUUGCAGGCGUGGUUGGCCAAAAGGACAUGGUUGCCCAGGGCUUUAGCCAUGUGAAGAAAGCCGUUGGCAAAACGGGUCUCAUGGGCAACGUACUAAAUCAGUUUGGUGAACUCGAUAUUCAAGAGGUCCUUAAAGACUUGUGGACUCAUGAGACCAAGGAUCUUGAGAGGACAUACUUCAUUCGAACCCUUCAGGGCAUCUCGCAUCAAAAGGGUAUUCGUAUGACAUUCCUUUCUGGAGAUGUCAGUGCCGCCGGUGCAGGUCUUGUCCAUGAUCCAACUCACCCUGGGGAUCACAAGACAAUGUACCAAAUUAUCACCUCCCCCAUAGUUGCAGCACCUCAAAGCAACUACGUACUAAAGAUGCUGCACAAUCAGAAGACACUUUAUGUUCCUCAAAACGGACAGAAAUCAACGCAUGAGGUUUCAGACACGAAAGAGGACAUGAUGGAGAUUUUCCACAAUGAUGCCAGCGGCACUGCGCGUGAGUUGAAGAAGCUGAUGGGUAGAAGAAAUUAUGUGGCGAUGGUUGCCUAUGAUCCGGAUGCUGCAGCCGCCCUACUUCCAUUUAGCAACAACCCGGCCUUGAACGGUCAACAACAACAAGGUCUAUCUAAGCUCAGCUUAGCAGUAGAUUUUGUGGUCCAGGGGGACGGCGCCUAUACCGCACCUACGAAGUAUGGCCCGGUUAUAAUUCCUCAUCUGGAGUUUGGCCGGUAA